GACCCUCCAUCUUUCGUUCCUCUACUACUCUCUUCAUCUCCCUAAAUAGUUAAAAAAAAACUAAGCACAGUAGCUUUACGAAGCGCUCAAGUUUUUUAAAAAUGGGGAGAGCACCGUGUUGUGACAAAAAUGGACUCAAGAAAGGACCUUGGACCCCGGAAGAGGAUCAGAAGCUGAUUGAUUAUAUCCAGAAACAUGGAUAUGGCAACUGGAGGACACUGCCAAAGAAUGCUGGUCUGCAAAGGUGUGGAAAGAGUUGCCGUCUUCGUUGGACUAACUACCUGCGACCCGAUAUCAAGAGAGGUCGAUUUUCUUUCGAAGAGGAGGAGACAAUAAUUCAGCUACAUAGUAUAUUAGGAAACAAGUGGUCUGCAAUAGCUGCUCGCUUGCCCGGAAGAACAGAUAAUGAAAUCAAGAACUACUGGAACACCCACAUUAGGAAAAGACUUCUCAGAAUGGGAAUCGAUCCUGUGACUCAUAGUCCUAGACUUGAUCUACUUGACCUCUCCUCAAUCCUAAGUUCAUCCCUUUACAACUCCUCUCAAAUGAACAUUUCAAGGUUGCUCGGAGUCCAGCCCAUGUUUCACCCAGAACUUCUCCGCUUAGCCACAUCUAUCAUAUCAUCUCAACGUGAAAAUCAGAACUUUGUUUCCCAAAAUAGUCAAGAAAACCAGCUGUGUAAUCUCCAAGACCAAAACCAAUACCAGCCAAUAGUGCAAGCUAAUCAAUUUCAAAGCCCAGUUCAAGAAAUGCCGACUUGCUCCGCAUUGACUACUCCAUUUGUUCCUUUCUCUAAUGAAACACAACUGAUGGACGCAAACAUCACCGACUUGAGUUCUCAAAAUUCUCAAAUGAAUCACCAGGAAUGGCAAAGCGAUGAUGGGAUGGCUUCAAAUUUAACAGACUAUAUGACCCAGCUACCAAGUUACAACAACUAUUAUGCGUCAGAUCAAACGGCUAUCAUGGACCCAUCAUCGGAGACCACUUCAACUUUCAUUUCCAAUAACAGCAACCAAAAUUUCAGUUUCGCGUCAGUUUUAUCGACGCCUUCUUCAAGUCCAGCACCAUGCAUCAAUGGCAGCAGCAGCACCGAAGAUGAGAGGGAAAGCUAUUGCAGCAACAUGUUGAAAUUUGAAAUCCCAUAUAUUUUGAAUGUCAUGUAAUUUGCAAAAUGUAACUGAUCCAAAUUUUCUUUUCUUUUCUUUCCUUUUCUUUUGUCCAUCCAAAUUUUCUUAGCUAUGGACUUGGUGUUGUUGAUA